UAGUACCUGACCGUAGCACCACAAAUACAUCUGCACACCUACACUAAUGAUGCACAUUCCACCUGGGCAGUCAGUCAAGCCUAUAAUACACACACACUCACCCACCAUCCACCACCCUCACUGUCGACAACUUAGAAGACAACCCAGCGCUACACCUCCUCCCCCUUUCCAACGGGACUCAAAGCAGCACUCACCCCUUUCCACACAUGUUGUCGCCCGCCUCCAGCUUGCCACGAUGCUUCUCCUCGGGAACCUCCUCUACGUCUCCGUCCUCCUCGUGAACGCGAUCGCGAUCCUAUCUGAAGACCGCUUCCUCGCCCGCAUCAACCUCUCCUCCGCCUCCUACGACCCGGCUUUCGGCGCCGGCCCCGACUCCCAGAGCAUCAAGGCCAAGGUAGUCAACCUGAUCGCCAGCGUGCGCACCCUGAUGCGAAUCCCCCUCAUAGCCAUCAACACCUUGAUAAUACUCUACGAGCUAGUCCUGGGCUAGGAUGGCAGCAGCGCCGGCAGCACCAGGAGGAGGAGGAGGAGGAAGAGGAGGAAGGAAGAGGAAGGGAGGGGCCUAGAAGAAGAGCACGCAGGUUGGCAUCGCGAAACGCCAUGGGGCUCAGGGGAACAUAUAUGUUUAAAAAAAGUUCAGGCGGGCGUUCAGGUUUUAUACACCACUUAGGUUUGACAAGUCGCGAUCGGUGGAUCAAAGAACACGCGCGUUCCCGCGCUCCCUCCGUCUGAGAGCGCGAGGGAGAGAAUCUGUGUGACGUAGAAAGAGUGCAUGCGAGAGAAGGCUGCUAGUACCUGA